AUGCCGGGCAAGGACGCGCGGGCGCGGGAUCGGCGGCGGGAGAGAAGCGGAGGCGGCGGGAGCUGCGCCCGUCCGGCCGGCGGCGGCUGCUGGAUCCGCGGGGCGGCCGCGGCCCGCCCCUCCCGGAGGACGCCCCCUCGGGGCUCAGUGGCCACGCCCUCCCUCCCACCGCGGUCACGCCCCCUCCUGCCGGGCCCUCGGCCGUCCGGAGAGUCGCGCGCCACCGCGGCACAGCACCCGGCGUCACCCAGCACCCUGGAUCAUGCCCUCUCCACGCAAGAACAAGCCAACCAGGGGGAAACCUUGCCCUCGGCUUGGCACGCACUGCCCCCACCGGUGCCCUUCCCGGAUCGCCACCUCCCCACGCGCCGGGAGUUACGCCCACUCGGCGACACGCCCACACGCCCCACCCCAACCUCGGAUGCCCCACCUCCUACCCCAGUGCGCGCCACGCCUCCUCCGGGUGCGCGCUCCAUCCCCUCCCGGGCGCGCCCACCACGCCGUGCGGGGCCCCGGGCGCCCGGUGCGCGGAAGUCGGUGACCAGGCUCCCGCCCCUUCCUAAAUCCCGCCGGGUUGCGGAGGCCGUGCAGUGGCCCGCGCGGCCGCCAGGGGGCGAAGCACGCCAGCCGACUGCACUGUCAGCCCAAGCUCUUCCUGGUUGUUCCCAGCAGAGGCUAGACCUGUGGUCCCCACCCCGGGUGUCGUCUCUACCUUCCCCACGUGCACCUCCAGCCGCCUUGCUGAGGUCCUGCCUCUCGGGCCGGCCGCUCCUCGCGUUUCCCCAGACCCCACAGGACUUGGGGGUGACACCCUAUGUCCCCAACGGCACAAGUUGGGUGCUCUGGGGGCCGCGUUCUAACUGGACGGAAGUGGGCCAGCAGGACACACCCAUCCUCCUUUCCCAGGCUUGCACUCCAAAAGCCAGAACCAUGCGGGCCUCGGCCCAGCGCCUGUGUCUUCGAAGGUGA